GGUGUAUGACGCAGAGCUCUUUGUGUGGUUUCGUGGUAAAUUCUCUGGUGUUGUGUAGGUGCAUUAAUUAGUGCUAAGCGAACUCGCUAAGUUGUUGUGGUAAGACAAUAUAACAUUGUACUGUCUACUGUGAGCUUCCAGUGAUUUUUAGUUUAGUUUCCGGGAACGAGACGACAUUUUGAAGUGACGUGUAAUGUUGUGCAUUUCAGAUAGUGGUUCAACAAACUGAGCUUUCAUGAUUGGAUUACCGCGUAGCGAUAGAGAUAGAGAUCGAAUAACGGUGAAAAUUCGUAACAUGAAGCGAAGUUCGUCGAGGGACAGUAUGCCGCGAUCGAAGCGGACUCGGAGUAGCAUCGGAAGGUACGACGAUAGCUCUGAUGAGCGGGUAACACCGGAGAGAGUGCGGCGUAGGGUGCGUUCACCGAGUCCGCGAGGUCGGUACGUGUCUCCUCACCGCGAUGAUUAUGUUCGUUCUCGUGACAUACGAGAAGAAUCUUCUACACGACCCUACUAUAAAGUUCUUUGUGUAAGCGCCCUGCACCCCAAGGCAUCAGAUGAGAUCGUUAAGGACACCUUGUAUAGAGAGUAUAAAAAGUUUGGUGAUUUUAGCAUUAAGAUAUCCCAUGAAUUGGAGGAAAGAGUGGCGUAUGUUUGUUUCCGAAGUGUUGAAGAUGCAAGAGACGCUAAACAUGCUAAACCAAGGAUAAUAUUGUAUGACAAAGUUGCUAUUGUCGAUCCAGUUUAUGAACCAGUGCGAUCUGAGUAUAGGAGCAGGCCAAGGAGUAUCACUCCACCUGAUUAUGACCGGCCUUAUUCUUAUGCUUGGUCCCCAGUUCCUGAGAGGCGUAGGCCACCUCCUGAUGACAGAGCUUAUGGAAUACCACCUUCAGUACCUCCUCAUCAUAGAGAUUUCCGUCCACCUAUGCAUGAGUACCCUAUGGCAGGUCCUCAUGGCCCUCCGAUGCAUCACCGGCCUCCAAUGCAUCAUCCUCCUCAUCCCCAUUACAUGCCACGCCCAUAUAUGCCCCGACCUCACCAUCCACCCUUUGAGAAAAUGGAAAACAAAAAAGAUAAAUUCCCUAACUAUUUGCAUCAUGUACAGCCUGAAGAUGAUCCAUUAGCCACCAGAACAUUGUUUGCUGGUAAUUUAGAAAUCAACAUUUCCGAUGAAGAACUACGUCGUAUUUUUGGUCGCUAUGGCAUUGUGGAAGACAUUGAUAUAAAGCGUCCUCCGCCAGGAACUGGCAAUGCAUUUGCUUUUGUGAGAUAUCAAACUUUAGACAUGGCUCAUAGAGCAAAAGUUGAACUUUCAGGUCAAUAUAUUGGAAAAUUCCAAUGUAAAAUUGGUUAUGGGAAAGCAACUCCAACUACACGAGUUUGGGUUGGUGGUUUGGGACCUUGGACGUCUGUAGCUCAGCUUGAAAGAGAAUUUGAUAGAUUUGGGGCUAUAAAAAAAAUUGAAUAUGCAAAAGGAGAAGCCCAUGCAUACAUUUUGUAUGAUUCAAUAGAUGCUGCUCAAGCAGCCGUUAAAGAGAUGAGAGGCUUUCCUCUUGGAGGUCCUGAAAGACGUCUUCGUAUUGAUUUUGCAGAUGUAGGAAAUGGAGGUCCAUAUAGACCUAAGACAUAUGCUCCACCAGUAGGUGAAGAUGGUAGGCCAGUUGAAGGUUACGAAGGAUAUGAGGGCACUUGGGAUGAUGGUUAUGGUUACGGGGCUCCAGGUUACAGAGGAAGAGGUGGGCAUCGUGGCCGUGGACGUGGAUCAUACCGUGGAGUGUAUCAUGGUACUGGAGACUACAGAGAUGAAGAAUGGCGAAGAGCACCUGCCGAUGGAGAGUACGAGGGUCGCGCUCGUCGUUCAGGGUCACGAGAGCCUGGUGUUGAUCGAUCGCGAUCACGUUCUCCACGUCGUCGUUCACCAGACAGCGACUCUGAUGGUAGUCCACGCCGCAGUGGAGGGAUGCUUGCAUCAGCAAGAACAUUACCAGAGGUUGUUCGUAAAGCUACCACAAUAUGGAAUGGGGCCCUCAUUCUAAAGAACUCUCUCUUCCCUACAAAGUUUCAUCUUACAGAUGGGGAUUCUGAAAUAAUUGACAGCCUCAUGAAAGAUGAAGAUGGCAAAAACCAAUUGAGAAUUACUCAACGGCUUCGUCUAGAUCAACCAAAACUUGAUGAUGUUCAGAAACGUAUAGCAACUUCAAGUUCUCACGCCAUCUUCUUAGGGGUUGCUGGAUCUACAGCAUCUAUUACUAAUGAAGAUGCUAGUAUUCAAACUAGACCUAUGAGAAAUUUGGUGUCUUAUUUGAAACAGAAAGAGGCAGCUGGAGUAAUUUCACUCUUAAACAAAGAAACUGAAGCAACAGGUGUGUUAUAUUCUUUCCCUCCAUGUCAGUUCUCAACCGAGUUAUUGAAGAGAACAUGUCACAAUCUUACAGAGGAGAGCCUGAAGGAAGACCAUCUUGUCAUUGUUGUUGUCCGAGGUGGUUCUGCUUAAAAGGGAAUUGUUUUUAUGAAUAUUUUUAUAUUCUUAUUUGUGUUUACAUAUCUAGAUUAAGUUCUUUUUAAAGUUCCGAAAAAUGUUUAACAUAAUAAUUAUAUAUCAUUUAUCAUUAUUAUACAUGUGAUGUGAAGUGAUGUGAUGGUUGUAAUCAUAGUUAUGUGACAGUACACAACAUGUAAUUUUGUGACAAGUGUUAUGACAGUUCACAUUUGUAGUGACCAGCAAUAAUUUGUUAUUGCAAAUAAACAGAUAGUAUUUUGCUAGAGGUAUCAGCAACCCUUAACUGAUCAUUGUUAUAAGUGAAUAUUUUAAUGAAACUUUCAGUUCUAGUGUAUAACUUAUUCAGUGUAUGUUAGGUGAUGUGUAGUGUAUGUGUGUGUACAUGCAAAUAGAUUAUUUCAACAU